AUGGCCGUUCAAAACUCGUGUUUGUUCAGCGACGUCAUGACUCCUGUGGCGUUACAAGGGAUAUUUUGGGAAUCUUUCGAGGGAUACUGGGAUUACUCUCAAUUUUCAAGAAGUUUUGACAUCGUUACAUUUCGGAGCAUUGAACUCCGCGUGACGCUCGAGGGAUACUGGGAUUACUCUCAAUUUUCAAGAAGUUUUGACAUCGUUACAUUUCGGAGCAUUGAACUCCGCGUGACGCUCGAGGGAUACUGGGAUUACUCUCAAUUUUCAAGAAGUUUUGACAUCGUUACAUUUCGGAGCAUUGAACUCCGCGUGACGCUCGAGGGAUACUGGGAUUACUCUCAAUUUUCAAGAAGUUUUGACAUCGUUACAUUUCGGAGCAUUGAACUCCGCGUGACGCUCGAGGUAUCAAAGCGAUAUGAGGACUCCUGUAUUGAUGAGGCGGGGACCUAG